UCGGGCUUGCUCGGGUGCGGACAGGACCAUCAUGCGCCCGCGGGAAGGUAAACUGCUUUUAGCUGAUCGAGGGAUGAACCGCGUGCCAUCACAGCCGUUGAGCUUGUACCGUCCUUAGACGGAGGGCCCACAAGAGGGCCAUUGAUGAUCCGAUCAGCGGAUCAGAAUUCAGGUGAGAAUGUGUUUUCUGGGAUUGUAAUCAGCUACCUUGAAAAAGGGCGAGCGAGAUUUUUUUCGGUUUUCCUAUUGGUCAAACCGCGCGAAUCCUUCCGCUAGGGAAGGAGAAAAACGAGAGAGGAAGGGCGGUCGCAGUUUCUGCGUCGCGCGAGCUGCGUCCUUUGCUCAGUCCGAGCUUCUCCCACAGCGAAGAAGAAGAAGGGGGUCUGCUCCGACUGCGAGUCUGAGUUCGCCGCUUUCGCUUCCGAACCAUGGGCGGUAAAAUGAAGACCGACGAUCCCGUCUGCCGCCGCAUCGUCAGAGCUUUCCUCGACUUCCUCUCCUCUGUUGAACCUACGCCCGGAGUCGAUGUUGAAGGUCUUGAGGUGGCCAGAGAAUGUCUAACAGAGGCCUUUAAAGUGGAUUUGUCUUCUAGUGAUGAUGACCAAAUUAGACCUGAUUUGCUAGUUGAAAUGUUCAAAUCUCUUCAUUCGAGUGAGCACCGGCACAAUGACUCAUAUUUUCAAAGUGGAAGAACUUCAGAUAAUGUUUCUCAGACUUCUAGCGGAUCAGAUAUACUAAAAUCAUCGACAUCUCAGGAUGGGCUUCAAGAACGAGAAACUCAUUUUUUGACGGAAUCGUCUAAAGAUGAGCUCUUUGGGCAAUUCUUUUCUGCGCUUGAGAAAGUUCACUUUUUCAACCACGCCCCCGAUGGGAACGAUGACACGGUCCAACUAGAGAAAGUGACUUGCCUAUUUCACAAUGCUAUAAAUGAGAUGGAAGGAUCUGGAUGCCAGCAAUACAACAAAACCAGUUUGGCAGAGACCUUGAAAUCACGAGGGAACAAGGCCAUGCAGUCAAAGCUAUACGCUGAUGCAAUUGAGUUGUACACUUGUGCCAUUGCACUUUGUGAAAAUCAUGCUGUCUAUUACAGUAACAGGGCGGCUGCUUAUACUCAGAUUGGCAAAUUCGAUGAUGCAAUCAAAGACUGUCAUAAAUCUUUAGAGAUUGACCCAAAUUAUUCAAAGGCAUAUAGCCGUUUGGGUACAGCAUAUUAUGCUCUGGGGAAGUAUGCUGACUCCAUUGAUAAAGGUUUUAAGAAAGCGUUGCAACUCGAUCCAAACAAUGAAUUUGUCAAAGAGAAUAUUCGGGUUGCUGAGCAGAAAUUGGAAGAAUUACAGCACAGAGAACGUAACCAGUGGGACACUACUUCUUCUAACCAUCCUAGAGGAGAGUCUGAUAGCCAAUCCACGAGUGGAUCAACGAGCCAUGCUACUCCACCACCUUUCACAUCCUUUCCUUUCGAUCCUAGUACAAUUCCCGCAAAUUUUGCUAACAUAUUCAUGAAUAUGGCUGGGAAUGAAUCUAGCAGCCAAUCUUCGAGUGGAUCAGAAAGCCGGGCGGUUCCACCUCCAUUUGGUUCUUUUCCGCUUGAUCCUAAUGCCAUUCCUGCGAACUUGUCUAGCAUGUUUACAAACUGGGGUUCGACCGCAUACCAAGGACAAGAACAACAUUCCCAAGGAGAAGGGAGUGGUGACCCUGAGAUAAGAAUUGGUGGGAACAUCAAUCUGAAUGUGGGUGAAAACAUGCCUGAGAAUUUAUCGGGGGCAUUGAGAAGUGUUAUGGAGAUGUUCACAGGCACAGCUUCCCGUGAAAAUGCACCAGAUGGAGCGGAUGGAAGAUCUGCUCCUAGCUGAUGUAUCAACUCAUGUAUCAGUCUGUUGAUGUUAUGCUCUUUUUCCUUUUUGCCGCCUUCUGACUUGAAGAUUUCAUGUGGAUUUUUCAUCCACGUUUUUACAGAUUGAUUGACAGUCAUCAUAGGUUAACUUAGCAUUCAGUUUUUCCUGAAGAGUUUUUCUUUUUCAUUUAUCUUUUGUUCAAAAAAGGAGCUUUUGUCAAUGCAGAAUUUUUCUUAUUUUCAUGAUAUAAUCGAACUCAAGUCUUUU